AUGUUUUCCACCGCGUCAGCCACAAGAAAUCGUGCCCUUUCCGCCCCUACCGUUACGUCAUCCUUCACACGACUGAUGGGUUCUCAAGGUCCAGAGACCAAGGUUCUCAUUUACCUGCUCCGAAAGGAUCUGCGUGUAUCUGACAAUCCGGUCCUUCAUGCGUUGGCCAAAGACCAAAGUCAUGGAUUCACCCACCUGCUGCCUCUCUACGUCUUUCAGGCGCAACAGAUCGAGGUGAAGGGUUUCAUUCCCGAAGGUGAAGCUGCGAAGAGUCCCUUUCCCGAAGCAAGAAGUCAAGUCGCUGGAUUUUGGAGAACGGGUCCUCACCGUGUCAAGUUCGUCUCCGAGUCAGUAUGGGACAUGAAGAAGAACCUUCAGCAGCUUGGAAGCGACUUGUGCAUUCGAGCGGGAAUGGCUGACGGUGUCCUCCGGCAUGUGAUUGAUGAAAUCAACCAGAAGAGCGGGAUCAAGGUCGGCGCUGUUUGGAUGACUGCGGAAGAGGGCGUCGAAGAGAAGCGAGAGGAGCGCGCCAUCAGAAAUCUUUGCGACGAGACUGACACGGAUUUUAAACUCUUUGUGGACGAGAAGUAUUUCAUCGAUGAUCGCGACCUACCAUUUAGUGACCCCCAAGACGCACCCAACGUUUUCACUGAGUAUCGCAACAAGGUUGAGCCUCUUCGAGAAGCCCCUCGCGCAGUGCUUGCUACCCCUGAAAAGGACUCAUUGCCACAGUAUCCCGAAGACUCCCAAGUACCCGCGCAAGAAUCCCCAUUCACCAUUCCUGACAACGCUGAAGGUCUUCUGGCUGCUUUGAUGAAACCUCUCACCGAUCCGCUAAUCAAAGAUCCUCCCAAGGACCCCGGCGAUGUUCAAUCGGCGCAUCCGUUCAAAGGAGGCGAGACCGCAGCUCAAGAUCGUCUUGAACAUAUCAUAGCUUCGGGUAGUGCUUCGAGCUACAAAGAUAGUCGCAAUGGUUUGCUCGGCCUAGACUUUUCUACAAAACUCUCUUCCUAUCUUGUCUAUGGCUGUAUUACAUCUCGACAAAUUCACACGGCACUUCUGGCAUUUGAGGACGGUACUGAUGAUGGCAAGUGGAAAGGUGUCACUGGCCACGGAAAGGGAGAGAACCCUGGAACAAAGAGCAUUCGGUUUGAGCUCUUAUGGCGAGAUUACAUGCGUCUUUGCAACAUGAAGUUUGGACCUAAGCUCUUCCUGCUCAGUGGAUUCCGAGAUGAAAAUCCGGCUAGAUGGGCCACUCCAGGUCGACCUAGUCAUGGAUACUCGAAAGAGCAGAUUCAGGAAAUGGUCGAGCGUUAUCUUAACGGUACCACUGGUAUGGGCUUGAUUGAUGCCUCCCAGCGAGAGUUGUUCCAUACUGGCUAUACAUCCAACCGAGCACGUCAGAACUCUGCAUCUUUCUUGGCAAAACAUUUAUGGAUUGAUUGGCGUAUUGGUGCGGAAUGGUACGAGAGUAUGCUUGCGGAUUACGAUGUCUCAAGUAAUUGGGGCAACUGGCAAUACCUUGCUGGAGUCGGAAACGAUCCUAGAGGUGAGGCUAGAGUUUUUAAUCCCGUCAAGCAAGCUUACGACUACGAUCCUGCUGCCGCUUACGUCAAGGCCUGGGUUCCUGAGCUUCGUGGUCUGACUGAUCCUGGAGAGGCUUUUCAGCCGUGGACCAUCCGUGAUGAGCAAAGAAAGAAGGAACUUGGAUUAGCUGGACUUCCACUGGUUGAGAAGCCGCUCAAGCGAAUCGAUUUCACUGUUGGUAAGCGUGGAAAGCAUUUAGGAAGAGGUCGUGGAGGUCGAGGCGGUGGUGGGAAUUAUGGAGGUGCCAGAGAUGAGAACAAGCCCGGCGAGCAAGGAAUGGGUCGAAGUGGAGGUCAAAGUCGUGGUGGAUAUGGUGGAAGAGGCUACGGAGGAGGUGGUGGUAAAUACGGCGGAAGUUCUCGUGGCUACAAUCGUGGUUAUGGAAGAGGCCCUGGUGAAGGAGGUGGCCGAGAAUUUCGCACUGGCAUGAUGGAUAAGGAGAGAGCAUAUGCACAAGAUCUCUAG